GAGUUGGGUAAGAAAUAAAAAAUAUAAAAAAAACUGUUAUAGUCUCUCUUGCUUUUGUUUGCUGUAGAACUUCAAUUUCAGAUUGGAGAAAGGGGAAGAUUGUUCAUACUACUGCUGGAAAUAAGAAACAUAAAUGCUUAACCACUUAACAUAGGCAGAAAGAUGAGAAAGACGAGGAAGAUUUUUCAUGAGACUUAAUGAAUGUGGUGAAAAUACCGUGUGGAAAGAUCAGAGUUUCAAUGAACGCUACUGCAUAUUGGAGAAAGAUUAGUAGAAUUGUUCAUACGGCUUGAACAUUUGCUGGAAGUGCUAGAGAUAAGAUGGCGAGUUUUCUGACUGAUUUGGCGAAGCCUUAUGUGGAGAAAUUGAUAAAUGGGGCGAUCAUAGAGUCAAGUUAUAUAUGUUGCUUCACAUGCAUUGCUAAUGAUUUUGAAGAAGAAAGAACAAGAUUGGAAAUAGAAAGCACAACUGUUAAGCAACGUGUUUAUGAUGCAAUUAGAAGAGGAGACGAUGUUCAAGUUAAUGUUCGUUCAUGGGAAAAAGAAUCUGAUGAGCUCAUUCAAGAAGACACCAAAGCAAAACAAAAAUGUCUUUUUGGGUUUUGUCCCCAUAUCAUAUGGCGAUAUAAAAGGGGAAAGGAACUGACAAAUAAGAAGGAGAAAAUGAAAAUAUUAAUUGAAACUGGAAAGCAACUUUCAAUUGAACUCCCUGCCCGUCUUCCAGAUGUUGAACGUUAUUCAUCCCAACACUAUAUUCCUUUUAAAAGCAGGGAAUCUAAAUACAAAGAGCUUUUAGAUGCUCUGAAAGAUGACAACAAUUAUAUAAUCGGGUUGCAAGGGAUGGGGGGAACAGGAAAAACUACAUUGGCCAAAGAAGUUGGUAAGGAACUUAAGCAGUCCAAACAAUUUAGUUACGUCAUCGAUACGACAGUGUCAUUAUCUCCUGAUAUCAGGAAGAUUCAAGAUGAUAUUGCUGGACCCUUGGGAUUGAAAUUUGGUGACUGUAGUGAAUCAGACCGACCCAAAAAACUAUGGAGCAGAUUAACCAAUGAAGAGAAGAUUCUUCUAAUAUUGGAUGAUGUGUGGGGAGAUAUUGAUUUUAAUGAAAUUGGUAUUCCAUACAGUGACAAUCACAAAGGCUGUAUAGUUCUUGUAACCACACGCAGUCUCUCAGUGUGCAACAAAUUAAGAUGCAGUAAGACAAUCCAACUGGAGCUCUUAUCUGAUGAAGAGGCAUGGACCAUGUUCCAAAGGCAUGCUGGUCUAACAGAAAUUUCAACUAAAAGUUUGCUUGACAAGGGCCGUAAAAUUGCAAAUGAAUGCAAAGGGUUACCAAUUGCAAUUUCUGUUAUCGCCAGUAGUUUGAAGGGCAUACAACAUCCGGAAGAGUGGGAUGGGGCCUUAAAAUCUUUGCAGAAACCCAUGCACGGUGUUGAUGAUGAACUUGUUAAGAUUUAUAAAUGCUUGCAAGUUAGCUAUGAUAAUAUGAAGAAUGAGAAGGCCAAGAGACUAUUGCUCCUGUGUUCUGUAUUUCGAGAAGAUGAAGAAAUUCCUACCGAAAGGUUAACCAGACUUGGCAUCGGAGGAGGCCUUUUUGGGGAAGAUUAUGUCAGCUACGAUGAUGCUCGAAUUCAAGUUGUUAUAUCCAAAAAUAAACUCCUAGAUUCUUGUUUGUUGUUGGAGGCCGAUCAAAGCGGAGUGAAAAUGCAUGACUUGGUUCGUGAUGCAGCCCAAUGGAUAGGGAACAAAGAGAUUCAAACAGUGAAGUUGUAUGAUAAAAAACAAAAGGAAAUGGUUGAAAGGGAGGCAAAUAUUAAAUAUUUGCUAUGUGAAGGAAAGCUUAAGGAUGUGUUUUCCUUUAAGCUUGAUGGUUCCAAGCUUGAGAUUCUAAUUGUCACUGUGCUUAAGGAUGAAGAUUGUCACAAUCUGAAAAUCGAAGUCCUGAACUCAUUUUUUGAAAAUAUUAAGGGCCUUCGAGUUUUUCAUUUAAUCCAUGAUGAUCAUUAUUCUAGAGUAGCUCUAUCAUUACUUCGGCCAGUUCAGUUGAUGAAAAAUAUUCGAUCUCUUCUCUUUACAUGUGUCAAUUUGGGUGACAUCUCUAUUUUGGGAAACCUGCGAAGCCUUGAGACUCUUGAUUUGAAUUAUUGUAAAAUUGAUGAGUUGCCUUAUGAAAUUACAAAACUAGAGAAAUUUCGAUUGUUGAGCUUGGAAUAUUGUGGAAUUGCAAGGAAUGACCCUUUUGAAGUGAUUAAAGGAUGCUCAUCACUUGAAGAGUUGUAUUUCAUACAGAGUUUUAAUUAUUUUUGCCGAGAAAUAACUUUCCCUGAAUUGAAAAGGUUUUUUAUCCACUCUAUCUAUUGGAGAUCAAAGAAUCAGUUGUCUUCAAGGCAUGUUUCUCUUUUAGACAACACUUAUGUUUUCCUAUCUGAAACAACACUCAGGUAUUGUAUGCAAGAAGCUGAGAUUCUAAGACUAAGAAGAAUGGAGGGGGGAUGGAGAAAUAUGAUUCCUGAAAUUGUUCCUAUGGAUUGUGGUAUGAAUGAUCUAGUCGAGCUUACUUUGAGAUGCAUUUCACAACUACAAUGCCUCAUUGACACCAAACAUAUCGAAUCUCAAGUAUCAAAAGUCUUCUCCAAGUUGGCUGUACUAGAACUCGAAGGAAUGGAUAAUUUGGAAGAAUUGUUCAAAGGUCCUCUUUCCUUUGACUCUCUGAACAGUUUAGAGAAUCUGUCCAUUGAGAAUUGUAAACGUUUGAAAAUCUUAUUCGAGUGCAACAUAAACCUCUGCAAUCUAAAGAGUCUUUCAUUGGAACGAUGCCCGAUGUUGAUCUCCAUAUUUCAACUGUCAACUGCUUGUAGCCUGAUGUUGUUGGAGAGAUUGGAAAUAUAUGACUGUGAGGGUCUUGAAUACAUAAUAGAUGAAAGAAAAUGGCAGGAAUCGAGAAGUAAAAUAGUUGAUGAUAAUGAUAACAAAAGUCAUGGCUCAAUGUUUCAGAAACUGAAAGUUCUUAGUAUUAAGAAGUGUCCAAGAAUUGAAUUAAUACUUCCGUUUCACUCUCCUCAUGAUCUUCCAGCACUAGAAUCCAUCACAAUUGAUAGUUGUAAUAAGCUGAAAUACAUAUUUGGCAUAAAUAUGAAGCUUGAUGGUUUACCAAAUAUGAUUGACAUUUUCCCUGAAUGUUAUGGUGUACAUGAGAGGUCAUCUUCCAUUUCUGGAUAUGCUUCUAAGCCACAAACACAAUCGGGUCCAAUCAAACGCAAUAUCUUUUCAUGGACUAAUGUAUAUUGCUGUGGUAAAAAGUAUGGGCACAAAUUAAGGAGUAACACAAGUACUGAAAUCUCAUUGGUUUCCCAGGAUCAACAACAGGACAACUUAAUGGAAUCAAAUUCAUAUCCCCUUAACAUAUGGGAACGUGCUCAAUGUCUUUCAAGACAAUCACAUAUCUUGUGCAAUGUUACAGAGAUUACAUUGAGCAAUGUCUCAAAGAUGAAAUCGUUAUUUAACCUAUCUACUGCUCCAAGAAUGUUAUUGGAAACUUUGAAUAUUUGGAACUGUAAUGAAUGGAGGCACAUUAUAACAAUAGACAUUGGAGAUCAUCACGACAACACUGAUGGCAAUAACUGGGGCACUGUCUUCCCAAAAUUAAGAAAGCUCUCUGUUUAUAAUUGCGCGCAAUUGGAAUAUAUAAUUGGACACUACAACGAUGAUCAUCAAAACAACACUAAGAUUCAUCUUCAUCUUCCAGAAUUGGAAGAUCUCUAUCUUGAGAAUCUGCCAAGUUUAGUUGCCAAUUACCCCAAACAAUAUCACACAACAUUUCCACAAUUGAAAAAACUUGUAGUUGAAGAAUGCCCGCAAUUUAUUGGUGAUUUCUUAACUCAUCAUUCAGUAACAAGAUCUGUGGACGAUACAAUCAUCAAGGAAUCAAGUGGGAAUAUGGAUAAUUUUCUAGCUUUGGAGACACUCUUGGUAAAUAAUAACUCCAAAGUAAAAGAUGUCUUUUGUCUGAAUGAAAUAAAUGAACAACAACUGAGCUUAGCUUUGAAAGACAUUGAUUUGAAUGUUUUGCCUAUGAUGACAUUCCUUUUUGUGGGUCCCAAAAAUUCAUUUUUCCUCCAAAACCUUACCCAUUUAAAGAUCAUGCGAUGUGAAAAAUUGAAAAUUGUUUUCUCCACUUCUAUAAUAAGGUAUCUGCCACAGUUGUUUACUUUGAGAAUUGAAGAGUGCAAUGAGUUGAAGCAUAUUAUUGAAGAUGAUUUGGAGAAUACAACAAAGACAUGCUUCCCAAAACUAAGAAUACUUGUUGUAGUAAAGUGCAACAAGUUGAAAUAUGUCUUUCCAAUCUCCAUAUCUAAAGAGCUUCCAGAGCUAAUUGUUCUGAUCAUAAGAGAAGCAGAUGAGUUAGAGGAAAUAUUUGUAAGUGAAGGUGAUGAUCACAAAGUGGAGAUUCCAAAUCUAAAACUUGUAAUAUUUGAAAAUCUACCAAGCCUCUAUCAUGCUCAGGGAAUUCAAUUUCAAGCUGUAAAACAUCGUUUAAUAAUGAAUUGUCAAAAACUCUCUCUGGCUUCAGCAAUAAUAACCACAGACCUUGAAAAUGAUCUUUCUGGUUUAGAUAGUAACAUCUACGGUUACAUCUACGUUUUGGAAUUCGUUGAGUAUUUGAGGGAUUUGUUUCAACAAUUACAAACCGCCAAAGGUUUUGACGCUGGGUUUGAAGUUAAAGCAUCAUCAGAACACGAGUUAACUUCUCCAAAGGAAACAAAACAAACACCAGAGACAGAGCAUGAACUUGUGGAAAAUGUUCCUGAUUUAGAAAUACCAACAAAUUCAAAAGAGUUGAUGAAUGAACAAUCGAUGGAGCAACAACGUCUACUUGGAGAAGCCGAUUCUGCCGUCAAACCUUCUCAGGAAUGUGGUGACUGCCAAAUAGCCAUACCUUCUCCUCCUAUUGCCAUAACAAAUCCUCUUACCACUCAGGAUGUUGAUAUUAACAUCAAUGAUGAUCAAGUUUCUGUAAAUGAUGAUUCUGUCAUAAAAGUAACCUCAAUUGUUGAGGAACAACUAUCUAAGGAUGUUGAAUUUAAAGUUCCAGAAUCUAAACCAUCUCCUCUCAUUCCUUCACCUCAAGAAUUUCAAACUCCUUCAAUGCGAUCAAAAGGAGACCCUUCUCAAAAUGUAGAAGAUUUAAGUUCUUCUUUGCUUGUCAAGAGUGAGCUUGAGCAACUAGUCUCCAAGAAUUAUUUGGAUUGUGAGAACUUGUCUUUGUUGACUGUUUUCCUUGUUAAGAAUCCUUCUGUUCAUUUGAAGGACACUGCACUUAGUAAUAGAUACAAGGGUUGUGCCUACAAUUUACUAGCUGAACUAUUGAAAUUCCUUGAAACCCAUAGUAUGUUGGAAGUAUUGGGGUCGUGCCACUCUAAAUUUGUGGAGUUAAUACAAGAUGCGCGCAGCUUUGGUUUUGAUAAGGAUUGGUUGGAUGGUGUUGAGAGGCGCGCUUUGUUUCCUGAAAUAAAAGUGUCCCAAGAUGCCUUGCAAAAUUUAUUAGAUUCCAAGCAACAGGUUACCAAGGAUGUUGAAGUCUUGCGAUUGAAGAUAGGCAUUUUAAGCGAACAAAUGGAAGUUCUUAGUGAACAGGUGGAAGAUCUUAAGCAACAAUUGACAUCCUCUGAAGCUGUUUUGGAGAGUAUCAUUCAACAAGAGGUAGUUUUACAUGCCCCUAUCGGCUAUUAGACUAUAUCUUCAAGUAAUUAUAUUCCAUCAUUGUGGGAACCUUUGUUAUGCUUUUCAUUGUGGGAACCUUUGUACUUCGAUAUUGUUUAUUUCUUGGGUGUAACGUUUCGUCGUUUCUCAUCCGAAGUGAACUAAAGAGUCUUAUUAUGUUUGUGUAUUGAAAACUAUUAUUGAUUGUUGUAUAAUAUGUUACAUUGAU